AUCCACCGAGGCUCUUCUCCCGUCUUUGGGGACCGGAGACUCUCUCGCGACCCCACAAUCGGCCUUCACGGAGCAACCAGCCUCAGCUAGAAUGCGGAAUUAUCCGAUUCUGUGACUCCAUCUCCUCCUCUCUUCAAGAAGGGGAUCACAUUUUCUCAAUUCUUGACCGGUAGGCUGAUGUUCCAUCGUGGCGGCGAAAAAAAUGCCCGGUCUCGCUGCAUGCAUCGAAACGCCUCGAGAAUGCGACAAACGGUACUUGAAAUGGAAUGUCUCGGUUUGCCGGAACAGUUCGCGUCUGCGAAGUAAGAGAAAACAACAGGCCAAUGAAAUCAGUCCGUCCGUUGCUGCCCCGCUUAGCUCUCUGUCUUUUGUGGCAGGAGGGGCAGUCUCUUUCCCAUGUUCACCGUCUUCCGCGUGCAAAUCCAGCCCAGGCCAGGUGCCAGCAGCGUCGUGUCGGUUGAUUCUGUGUAUCACCCCGCAGUUUCGUUAUUUCUGAACGCCUGCCCGCCAUAGCGUUUGGCGGAAGACCUUUCUCUGCACGAGGGUAGCGUCACCUCCAUCAUAUUUCCUGUCUGUCUUGAUCCUUCGCCGCUGCUCUCGCCUGUUUGCCGAUUGCCGGCUGCCGUAUCCUGACUUCGCACAGGCCGAGUUCUUUUCAGGUUUCGCUGUCUCGGUUGCGUCUAUCUUGAUUUUUCUCCUUCGAACCACCCACAAUGUCAGCGCAGGCCGUUCGCCAGAGAGGCCGAACUGGCUCUCGCGCAGAGUCCGCCUCGCGGCCCAAGACGAAGCAGGAGGCGGACUCCGCUGUCUCAGGCGAAAGCAGCCGUGCUGAUUCCUCCGUAGUGGUCCAAUAUGAAGAACUCGUCGCGGGACUUCUCCCCCCGCAUGCACGGUUUGCCUCCGCAACUUUGGACUUUGGCCAAGACCUGCAGAGUCACCAGUUCGUCGAGCACCAAGCCCAGAACGCGCAGGGCUCGCGCAUGCUGGCGGCCGAAUGGGGGCCUGCACUCCACGCGCUUCAGCAGUUUGCACUCGCCGGUGUGGGUACUGGAGCUGCUUCGUCUUUCUCCGACCGGAUUCUCUCCUCGUGGCUGAGCCUUCCUGCUCCGGCUUCGGCGCAGAACGCCGGUUCCCGGUCCGCGUCAGGCGAGGGUGCGAAGAGCGUGGAUGGCGACGCUCGCGAGCUGGCGGAGAGGCAUCUUCUCGCCCGGUGUCUUCAGGCGCUUCAGGAGGACCUAGCUGUUCUCGAGAGCGAAGAAGCAGAUAGCGCGCUGGCCGACGCAGGCAGAAGUCGCAGCACAACUUCCCGUGUGCUCGCUCAGCUCCAGAAGGGCCGACUGUUUCAAAGAGGCGGCAGACUGUUCACUUCCGUCGACGCCGACGAGUCAGAUAUCUGCACAUCGAGCGACGAAGACGAGCCUGCGGGCGCCACUGACGCGACCGACGCCUGCAGACGCCUCCCAAAGGAGCAGAGCCGCUUGGACGCCUCCGCGCUGCCGCUUCGCCAUGCCCUGCGCUCCCUUCGAAAGAUUCAGCGCCGGCGCAUGCAAGCUGAACACCUUAUGCUCCAGUGGCGUGAAGACGAGGGAAGCCUGAAGAAUCUGCAGGCCGUCCUCAGUCUCUGGGCGAGGGAUGGGAUCUACUCCGUCGCCUCAGGCGUAGGUGGGGAGGCGACGCGAGCUGUGGUGGCCGGCGAACAACUGAGAAAGGCAGAAGGAAAGGCGCCUGGCCCAGAGUUCGAGCGCGGAGAGCUGGCUCAUGCAGCCGAAGAAAUUCGCCGAAUUGACCAAGUCGAAGCGGGAAGAAGGGUCCCGCGGCGAGAGCUGCAAGAGUGGAGAGCUGCGGCGCGAAGGCUCUUUGGAGGCGACACCUCAACGGCCGCGAUCGAGAUGGUUCUUGCCCAGUUCCUCCCUCCCGACAGAGCGUGCACUUUGAAUGCGGAUGCGUACACGGCGUCACAGGCUCUCGUCGACGAAGAGGAGCGACGCCAGAUAAUUUUUCGACUCGAAAAAUGCCGGCGCCUUCUCCAGGCAGGGGCGGCCCAACAAUCCGAUACGGACAAGCACGCAGAGGACGAAAGAGAGAACCUGAGAGAAGUCCUCCAGCCUCCACCCUGCUUCGCGCAACAUGGUAGCGACGCGCUGCGUUGCGUAGACUGCGCGCGCUGGCUUCUCCAGCUCCAACACUUCCAACAGAUGGAGCUGGAAGGGACAUCCGGCUUGCUCCUCCAGCCUGUCCAAACUGGGUUCGUCCGUCUGCUUCUUCUUCUUAGUCGCUGGCCUCGCAUGCAGGGUCUGCAGCCAGCGCCGCGAUCCUUCAGACUCAGUCUCGCUGCCGCGCUGAAGGAGAUGCGCCUGGACAAAUUCUCCGUCUCGUGGAUGGGGGCAUGUGCAGGAACCGACGGAGGAGCGCCAGGCGAAGAAGGUGAUUCCCAAGAGGGGACGAAGAGGCAGACAAAGAAGCUUUACGUUGGGCAUUUGGGUGCCAUGUACUCGACUGUUUGGGGCGGCGCCUUCAGUGGGAACUCUUCGCGGACGCAGGAGAUUCUUCUUUGGCUGCGACAGCUAGGCCCUUUCCGGCCGCUUCGACUUGCUCCGGAUCUGUCACCUCGGAGUCAUGAAAGGAAAGCCGCGCGGCAGGUUAUCGAGCAGAACAGACUCCGCAUGCUUCAAGGUCAGGAAAAGACAGGUCUGCACUAUGCCCUUCCGGACUUUGCUGAGUCCGAUGUCACUCUCGGAGGCCAAGGAGAAGAAAAAGGAAGAGACGAAAAGAGUUGUCUUUCGCUCGGCGCGUACAGCGCUUCUCUGCUUUCUGGAGGCGACGGUGACGGUCUGCAGAUGCACACAGACGCAGACAGCACAGAGACUGAGGGCGAGGCCCAACACCGCCGGGAGGUCGCCCUCGCUCGCAAGCGCCAGGCUGGCGCGCAGGCACCGCAUGAAACGAGACGAGAGAGUUCGCAUCGCAGCGAAGGAGUGGCAGCGGUCGAAGGCGCCUCGUCGCGCCGGUGGACGUCGAAGAACCGAGGUCCAGAAACCACUGGAGAGGCGGACCUGGAGAAGGCGUUUGCGUAUCUCGGCGGCGGAUUCACCCACCUGAAUACUUCUUGGUCUUACAUGCCUCCUAAGCGUCGCUUGACGUACCUGCCGUCGACGGACUGUGCAGCUGAGACAGGCAGACAGAGAGAACAUGAGGGCCAGGACGAUUAUGGAAAGAUCCGAAGGAGCAAUCGCAAGACUCAGACUCGCCAUGAAGCUUCAGAUGAGGACACGGAAGCAGAAACUGGGAAGAGAGAGAAACUCGGUGCAUCCUCGGAAUGCGGCUAUGGUGAUGACUCUUCUCCGUGGGUCGUGGAAUUCAGCAGCAGCGAUGAAUCCGUUCGGGCCUUUGUCAGUGACGAGGCGAGCUACAGACGCCGAUUCCGUUCUUGGCGUAAGCGCCAAAGUCGGAAAGCGAGCAAGACCUCUGCCCUCUCUCGAGUGUCCCCCGCUUAUGCGGGUUCUUCUGGCGUGCUGAAGUGCACCGGCGACGCGCCUAUGGAUGAAGGCUGGCAAGGUCACGUUCUGAACGAGUUUCUCGGACGCUUGGGUCCCGGAGUCUCUCUGUCCCGGUACACUCAGCUGGCGAACGCUGCGGCUGCUGGUGCGUCUGCGCUAGCUUCCGCGAGCCGUCGCAAACGAGGAACGCGUCCCCGCAAGCGCCCUCUGGGCUCCUCCGAGACAUCAAGCUUUUCUCCUGAGUCGCUCAUCUCCUCUGAGCAGGCUACGGCUUUGCGCGAAUUCGAGGAGAUGCAGCCGAGGCCUAUGUGGAAUGGGGCAGACAAUUCUGCUAGCGGGUCGCUAGGGUCCUCCGUCUUUAACCUUAUCUCUGAGCCGAAGAAACUUUCUCGACUGCGAAGGAAACCGCGAGUUCGUUCUGUGGAGCCGAGCUGGGAUAUCAAGGCGAGUCCAUCGGUGAGUCUGUCAGAGCCCAGCGAUGGACUGAGUCGUGGCGCGAAACAUUCGGACGAGAAGAAGCAAUAUUCAGCUUUCCCCUUCGGAUUGGUCGCCAAAGGACUUUGGGGAGGCGGCCGCGGAGCUCAGGCGACGGGGAAGACGUCCUUGACGCCGAGAGAAGUUCAGCUCGUCUGCCUAGACGAAUCCGAGGUUCACUCGAGGCUGGGGAAGACGAAGUUGUAUCAGCAAGUCUUGCACGGAAUGGAGGACAAACUGAUUGGCAGGCGUGAAUUCUACGUGGUCGUCGAUGAAGAAAGCCGCGAGCUUCGAGUGAUCCCAGCUGGUCGCCUCGUCUUCUUCUUAACCGAAACGCCGCGACAGAGACAGGAACAGUUCCUCGCGCGUCUUUUCACGGAUCUCCGCCGACGGUCCAGAGGCACUUUCUUGCAGAGUUUGCUGAGCAAAAGAAGAAACGCACGAAAUAUACUCCUGAUGAAUGCGAUGAUAUGGCAGAAUCAGCUCAAGCAUGUCAAUAAGGCACGUCUCUGUCUCUUGCUGGGUGGCUACUGGCGUGACGCGGCCUUCGCUUCGGCCAACGCCCCUCUCACAGAACAGCACCUUCUUCAAGAUUUCCUCGCUGUCAACGGGGCUUGGGUUUCGGAUCUCUUGGACGAGUCCUCAACUGCGCUUUCACACGACAAUCAAGCUCGACAACUGGUUGCGGCGAUUCGCCGCCGGUGGUUACCUGCGGAUCAAUACACACGUCGCCCGCGCGAAGAGAAGUCUCUGAGUGCUUUCCAGAGAGACACUUCAGCUGUGAACUCCGCCGCUGCUCACAUGCAACUUCCGUCUGAACUUCUUUUGAGAAUCGACGAAGCUGCUGAAGACGCUGCGAUCAUUGCACGAGCUGCAGUCGCCGCCGCAGACAGAAGAACACGCGACAUGAUCACAAGGAACUUCCUUCCCGGACUUCUUCUUCGGUAUAUCCAGCGCGUCUUCCCUGUUUUCGUCAAGGUAUACCUGACGGCCCGUUGUGCCUUUGCCUUACAAAAGAAGGAAGAACAGGCGUUCACGCGGCGCAUGCGGCAAGUGGAGAAUAGCGUCGGCAAGGGCGGCUCUGGUGCGUCUGCGAAUGCGUUCGGAAGCUUCUCGGCAGACGUUCUCCGUGGUCAGUACGAUGUCUUCUCGGCGGAAGUAGGAGGCCGCAGUGUAGCCUCGAAGGGGGAUUUCGAGAUGCGGGAAGCGGGAGCUACAAUCGAAGAUCGCCUGUACGAAAUGCUGCCUUCUUUCAACGCGUCAGCUGUUCGUCCUGAAGACCUCUUCGACGUAGGAGACCUUCUUCCUUUCAAGCUGGUCAAGAGCGAGGAGGGCGGCUACAGUUCCUUCUGUGUUUCUCCGUUUUCUGCCCUCAUAAAAAAUGGCACUCGUGCCAGUCAGCUCGACAUGGCGGCGAUGAAGGAAAGCUGGGGCACAUUUGCUGUGGACUUCGCUUGUCACAUUGCCCAAGAACGCCGCUUCCUCCAGGAGAACAGGAAAGGAGGCCCGCUGCUCUCUUCAUUCUCUGUCGAUGAGUUUGCUCGGCUCACCAAAGUUCUACGAUGCCUUGUUCUGUUGUAUAAUCGGCAAAACAAGACUUUCUCGGGCAAAUCAGGGCUUUCCAACCUAUUCCGUGUCCACGUUGGUCGUGAGUCUCGCGAUUCUGACAGCACCUCCGACGUCCCGCCUCCUUCAGUCAUUCAGUGGAUUUCCCGCACAUUCCUCCAGCAAGAUGAGCAGGAGCAACUCUUUGUUUCAAGAGCCAACAGAACCAAGCUUUUGGCAACAAUCCUGUGGAUCUGCGUGGCCACGUCGGCUGACUGGAAGUUCGACUUCGAAAGCUUGUUGGUGCACGAGUGGAAAGGCCGAUAUAUAUCAAACUUUGAGGCAUGCGCCUCGCUUAUUGGCUUAACGCACACACGCAACGAGUCGAAGCCGCGUGAAUAUCGACUUCAGCUCCCCUGUCCCCUAACAACUGGCGAGUCGAAGGAAGCAGCCCGCCGGGCCCGCGCCGUAGCGCCUAUCCAGUCUCUUCUAGGUGACGACAAGAAGAAGCGGCGCCGAGGCCGCUAAGUGUAUGCGUGCAGUUGGCGUGAUGUGGUUGGGUCUUUGUUGGCCGAGGUACAAGUACGGGAGUUCUUCUCUGGAUCCAGCGCAGGAAUAGAAGUGCUUGCACGCUCACAGUGACAUGUUUUCUUCGUCUGUAGAAAUGAUGGCAUCAUAUACAGAGAGCACCUCUUCAGACGAUCCGGAGCUGAGCUUAACCGAAUUGGGUGCGAUGUGUGCAAAGCCAGACACGAGUUGCAAUGCAGGUCCAGCUUACUGUCAGAUACUGGCACUCUCUAAGCGACGUUUGAGUCAUGUGUCGCUAGGAGUCACGCAUUUAAUCUCUCUGGUGGAAAACACCAUUCAUUUGACACGGCGGUUAAAGCGCUUGACCUGUUGCAGCCCUGUGGAGGCGGCACCGAUCGAAUAUGUGCGAAGUGGGUAGUCAAACCGCGAUUUCAAGUUGCCUUGACGUC